AUGUUCCAAAGAACCUUCCUCAGACAGGCCCAGCGGUCCCUGCUUUCCGUCCGCUCGACACCAGCUACCUCAGCUGUCCGCCGCACGGCGCAACAGCCCCAGCUUCCUCAGUUCGCUCGUCCCCUGAUCUCUCAGUCUGCCGCACGCCUCUAUUCGACGGAGAACAAGGCCGAGAAUGGCGAGCAAAACGGCGCCGCUGAGGAGGGUGAGGAUGCUUGCCGCAAAGAGCUUGAGGAGAAAAAGAAGGAGAUCAUCGGCCUAAAGGACCAAUACCUUCGUUCCAAGGCCGACUUCAUCAACCUCCAGGAGCGCACCAAGCGCGACAUGGACAACUCUCGCAACUUCGCCAUCCAGCGCUUCGCUCAGGACCUUCUCGAGAGUAUCGAUAAUUUCGACCGUGCUAUGCUGGCCGUUCCCAAGGAGAAGCUCGAGGCCGCCCCCACCGAGGCCAACAAGGACCUGUUGGACCUUGUUUCGGGCUUGAAGAUGACUCAGAACGUCUUGAUGGGCACCUUGAAGAAGCACGGCCUCGAGCAGUUCGACCCCAGCGCUCCCGCUGAGGAUGGUUCGGCCCAGAAGUUCGACCCCAACGUCCACGAGGCCGUGUUCAUGACCAAGGUCGAGGGCAAAGAGGACGGCGAGAUCAUGUUUGUUCAGAGCAAGGGUUUCCGUCUGAACGGCCGUGUCCUUAGAGCUGCUAAGGUCGGUGUUGUCAAGAACAACUAA